UGUUCGGACCGACAGCGAAAACAUGUUUUCGUGGGAAAAAGUGGUUUUCGCACGAAAACUUGUGUUUUCGUCCAUGUAAAAACUGUCAAACGAAAACACAGUUUUCGCUGAAAACUGAUUGAAAACUUACAUUCCACUCAUAAUAAUCGGUGCCUGCUCUAGUUUAAUCGAUUUUUUUGGAAGACAUAUUUUGCCGGCCCUAAAUUGUCACUUUAUAUUUGUUUUCAUUCCAAAUAAAAAUAGAGCUGCUGUCACUUAUUAUUAAUUUGAAAAAUGGAAAAACAAAAAUAUAAAAAAAGAAGUUGUUGGAGUGAUAGGGCAGAAGCCCUACUAAUUGAAUUGUGGCAGAGCAAAGUAAGUGCUUUUCGCGGUUCAAGGAAGAACAGCCACAUUGUAGAGGAAAUGGCAAUGGAGUUGCAGCAACAAGGUGUGCAUUUCACGGCGAGUGAAAUAAAGUCGAAAAUGCACAAUCUUUCGCAGAGAUAUAGGAAAGAGAAGACAGCAGUCGGAUCAACUGGCGGUUCUCCCUCGCAGUGGCCGCUGUACGAUAAAAUGAGAUCCGUACUGUUGCCGUACGUCAGCUACAACGCAGAGAGCUUAGUGGAGGAAAGUUUUCAAAGUUCUACUAACUCGGAACCACUCCAAAUUUCGGUGGAAACGGCUGCGUGUUCGACAUUUGUUGCUGCAUCUCCAUUGUCCUCACCAGUUUGCCUGCCAUCACCCUCAGCGAUGUCGAUGUCGUCAAGCGAUACUUCUUCGCAACCAUUACCGUCUCCAGAGCCAAGUGAUACUACGAAUAAAAGAAGAAAUCAUUUUCAGACAAUAAUUUUAAAAAAAUUUGAUCAAAUCGAAAACCAGCUUGAGAAAGCAAGUCAAGAAUUCAGUGAAACCAGCAAAGAAAUUAAGGACUUGACGAAAAAAAUGGUUGAAAACGAUAAUAAAAAAACAGAAAUGAUAGAACAGUACAUAAAAGAUUCGAAAGAAACAAAUGAGCGCUUGCUUGAAUUUCUAAAUAAAUAAUAAAAUUAAUGAAUAAGUAUAAUCUAUUUAAUAAUAUAUGUUUAAGAUGGAUAUGUAUAAUUUUAUGUUUGAAAAAUAAAAUUGAAUUUUGUUUUGUGUGUACAACUUUAUAAUCUAUUUAAUAAUAUAUGUUUAAGAUGGAUAUGUAUAAUUUUAUGUUUGAAAAAUAAAAUUGAAUUUUGUUUUGUGUGUACAACUUUAUAAUCUAUUUAAUAAUAUAUGUUUAAGAUGGAUAUGUAUAAUUUUAUGUUUGAAAAAUAAAAUUGAAUUUUGUUUUGUGUGUACAACUUUAUC